CACAAUAAGUAUUUGUCUCUUGUCUUCUCUUCCCUUUGGGUUUUAGGGCUUGCUCACUGCGCAUCACGGCUUUUAGGCGGCUGCCGCUUCUUUCGUUCUUUUUUCUUCUUCCUUCUUCGCCUCGAAGCUUUUUAGGGUUUCGAUUCUUCCGGCAUGGACCCUUAUGGAACGGAAUCAGUUGUCGAUGAAGAAAACCACGAAGUGAAACCAUCCGAAGACGUUGAGGACGAUGACGACAAAUCUCAGCCUCAUUCUGGUGGCGGCGUCGAUAGUGCUGGAAAGAUAUUUGUUGGAGGUUUAGCCAGGGAGACAACUUCAGCCGAAUUCGUCAAGCAUUUUGGCAAGUAUGGAGAGAUCACAGAUUCUGUGAUUAUGAAGGAUAGGAAAACCGGACAGCCCCGAGGAUUUGGGUUUGUGACAUAUGCUGAUUCCUCGGUGGUCGACAAAGUUAUCCAGGACAAUCACAUCCUCAACGGGAAGCAGGUUGAAAUUAAGCGGACGAUACCUAGAGGAUCAAUGAACUCCAACGACUUCAAAACCAAGAAGAUAUUUGUUGGUGGAAUUCCUUCGUCUGUUGAUGAUGAUGAGUUCAAGGAAUUCUUUAUGCAAUUUGGAGAGCUGAAGGAACACCAGAUCAUGCGUGAUCACUCAACUGGAAGAUCACGUGGCUUUGGGUUUGUUACAUAUGAAAGUGAAGAUAUGGUUGAUCUUCUCUUGGCAAAAGGCAACAGAAUUGAGCUCUCAGGGACUCAGGUAGAAAUAAAGAAGGCAGAACCGAAAAAACCAAACUCGGUUACAACCCCGUCGAAGCGGUUCGGUGACUCACGCUCUAACUUUGGUGGAGGUUAUGGAGAUGGUUAUGGUGGAGGACACGGUGGUGGAUACGGUGGACCAGGUGGUCCUUACAAAUCAGGUGGUGGUGGCGGCUAUGGAGGUGGCCGGUCUGGUGGUUAUGGAGGCUACGGAGGAGAAUUUGGCGGUUAUGGCGGAGGUGGAUACGGUGGUGGUGUUGGACCUUAUAGAGGAGAGCCACCACUUGGAUAUUCAGGUCGUUAUGGAGGAGGAGGUGGUGGUGGUUACAACAGAGGCGGUUACGGUAUGGGAGGUGGCGGUGGAUAUGGUGGUGGACCGGGUGAUAUGUAUGGUGGGCCAUACGGUGAACCUGGAGGUGGUUAUGGUGGACCAAGUGGGAGUUACGGAGGCGGGUAUGGUGGUGGCGCUAUUGGUGGGUAUGGUGGUGGCAUGGGUGGUGCUGGUGGCGGAGGCUAUAGAGGUGGUGGCUAUGACAUGGGUGGUCUUGGAGGCGGAGGAGGAGGAGGUUACGGUGGUGGUGGAAGUGGAGGAGGCUCGUUUUAUGGUGGAGGUGGAGGAGGAGGAAGUAGAGGCGGUUAUGGAGGUUCUGGACGGUACCAUCCUUAUGGAAGGUAGAAAGUUCCAUAAAGCUUGAAUCUUCUUCUUCUUCCGUCAUGUAUGGUUAUCAAGAUUGAUAGCUAGUUUAUUGUAUUCUGAGAGAGGAGGCUUUUAGGGCUUGAUUCCCUGAGUAGUUUAAUACAUUUUUAGAUAACUGCCAGAUUAUUCUUUUGCUUAGAACUCUUUGUGUCAAGUGGCAACUAGAUUUAGCUUGUAUCAUUGCUUUUAAGUUUUGACUCAAAUCUUAUCAGACUCAAAUCUUUGUUGUACCUUUAGCCAUUUUUUUUCUUACUGGAGAACCUUCU